AUGAUGUUGAACCGUUUUCCACUUCGCUCGACAUCUGGGAGCUCCCAGCGGGCAAGCAGUGUUGGUCCCAGACCACAAGGACAGGGCUUGGCACCACCCCAGGAUGGUAGACCUCGUGGUCGCUCACUGCUCGGUUCUGACGCAGGCCUCUCGACCCGCUCUGGUCCCACUGCAGGUCGCAGAGGUGUCAGCUCGAACUCUCGACCCCAAGCGGCACGUAGGCAGGGUCAUCAACAGAGUUCUACAUCUACGUCAGAAUCCCAGGUUAUUCCGACCAUCACCUCAUCACGCCCGAUUUCUCCCGCCGGAUCGUCUGAUAUUGACCAACCUAUCAGUGCGGAUGUUAACGCGGGUGUUCGGCGUCGACGGAAUUCUAGUGUUGAUGCAAUGCAACUCACCCCAAGGCGCACCAAGCGGCUCAAAACACAUGCCCAACAACUUGCCACUGAUCACGGAGUACCUUUGAAGAAACUACUAGCAUUUAUUGAGAAUGGUAAUUUGUUCCAUAUGCUUCUUGAGUUGAGGGCCGGCCAACUCAAACGAGAAGAAGAGAACGAAGUAAAUGUCUUGCAGGAUCUAGAGAAAUUACUCACCUCAAAGGAUUUCGAGAGUGCACUAAAGGGCCGCCUGACUGCUUGCAUGCUAUCCCCCAACCUAACCGCAUAUGUGACCGACACACAGCAACAUAUCAUGGACUUCAUCAAAGAGCACGGUGAUCUUUUCAAGAUUUCCGAGGGCCUCUUUGAUGACAAUGAGUUGCGUGCGCUACUGAGCAAAUUGGUCACGCGACUUUUGGCGACCAUCCGUGGCGCCAUCAAGACCACGCUAACCACAUCAAUCAGCAAAAGAUUGAGCAUCAUGGACGCCCUCAAACCAAUCAUACAUAGCGGCAUGGAGGUUGAUUCUUCGCACUGGACAAGAUUUGCAUUCUUGUUAGCGGCGAUGUCUUCUGACCACGAAAAAAUCGCCCUCAAGGAUCUCUUCUCCCCCUACCUCAUUCCCUCACUUCAUCCAGAUCUUCAAUGCCACAUAAUGAGCCAGCUCCACGUCGACAUCCAACAGCUGGCGGAGGAGUUCCAACAGAGCCACCCAGACCUCGUCUUUGGGCAUCAAGAUGAAUCCCCUGACACCACCAAUAAUAAUGCGAACAACCGUGACAACACCCAAGUAGCGGACUCGGAAGAGCAUGUGGGUCCAAACACAGAUGCGGAUGCGGAUGUGGACGCGGACGCGGACGGGAUUGCGGAUGCGGAUGCAAACUUGGAUGCGGACGUGGACGCACACGCACACGCGGAUGACGAUGAUGGCGCUGAUUCUGGCUUUGGACUUCAAGGCUCUCCCCCCAAGUGGAACAAACAGAAGUUCUGGAACUACGUCGAUGCAAUGCUAGAGCAAGUUCGUGACAGUGCAUACCGUGAAACAGGCACUCGUUCUGGCUCGAAGUAUGAAGACGCAUACCGCAAGGCAAUGAUCGAAGUUCUCCAGCUUGAUUUGCAGGAAUUCCCUGGUCGCCGCAAAGGUCCGACUGUCAUGAACUUGAAGGUUAUGCAGCCUGUGUGGCAGGAUACAAUUCAGAAGAAUCUCUUAUGGUGA